AUCUACAGCCUUCUCGAUUUUAUCUCACCUCUCCCUCUCUCUGACGGCAGAAUAAUAAUUCAUGUGUAGAUUUGUAUGGAUUCAUCAUAUAGGUUCUUAUGUUAUGAAGUUAUUGCUGAUGGAGUAUUUUAAUAAUGUCACGUAUUUGUUUCUGGAGGGUCAUGUAGAGCUGGAGAAGUACAGAUAUCUUUAUUUUGCUGUUACUCUCACAGCCUAUCUGUUGAUUAUUUGCUGUAAUUCUGUCGUUAUAUUUGUGAUAUAUUCCAGCAAACAGCUGCAUGAGCCGAUGUAUAUAUUUAUUGCUGCCUUGCUUUUUAAUUCUCUUAUUGGAACGGCUGCUCUUUAUCCUAAACUGCUGGUUGAUUUUCUGUCUGAAAUUCAGGUUACUUCUCUCAGUGCCUGCUUAUUUCAGGCCUAUUUAAUUUACAGCUAUGCUGCUGCAGAGUUUACACUGUUAUCAGCUAUGGCCUAUGAUAGAUACGUUUCUAUAUGUAAACCUUUACAAUACGCCUCUCUUAUAAAAAUGUCUACAGUUAGAAAAAUCUUAUUCUGCUGCUGGUUUGUUUCUUUUUCUGGAAAUGGUGUUGGAACAGUUUUAACAUACCAGCUUCAGCUUUGUAAGCAGAGAAUGAACAGAAUCUACUGUAAUAAUUACUCUAUUGUUAAGUUAAGCUGCGGAAAUGUGUUUGUAAACAAUAUAUACGGUUUAUUUGUGUUAUUCGCUAUGGUGUUUCCAUCACUGAUCUUUAUAAGCUUCUCCUAUUUUAGAAUUCUUGCAGUCUGUUUAAGAAAUUCAACUAUUAUCAGAAGAAAAGCUUUUCAGACCUGCUUCCCUCAUCUUAUCAUCUUCAUCAUCUUCACCGUCACCAUGUGCUUUGAAAUUAUCGGCAGCAGAUUUGAAGCAAACUUACCUCAGCUCUUUGCUAUGAUUAUGUCAGUUGAAUUUGUAGUUAUUCCUCCUUUAGUCAAUCCUAUAAUGUACGGAUUGAAACUGCAGGAGAUUCUGAACAGCAUCAAGAGAAUAAUCUGUAAAAAAAGGACGCAUAUUUCUUUCUGAUUUAACUUUCAUCUUUUUUUUAUAUGUUGUGGCUAUAAGUUUAAAGUGUAUAGACAAAUAAGCGAUUAGCAACUUUAUUAACUUUUUAACAGGUCAGGGCGCCGAGUGGUCCAGCGAUCUGAAGCGCUGCCACUAUGAGCAGGAGGUCGCAGGUUUGAACCCCCACUCAUGCAGCUUUUUCCAUCAAGCUGCCGGCGCUCAGAGGGAGCACAAUUGGCCCUGCUCCCUCCGGGUGUGUAGAUGGCGCUCUCUCCCCACAUCACUCCUAGGGUGAUGUCCACAGCACAGGGCGUCUGUGAGCUGAUGUAUCAGAACCGAGUCGCUGUGCUUUCCUCAGAGCGCGCUGGCUGCUCGGUAAUGCUGCAUCAUCAGCAGCAGCUGGAAAAGAAGCGGUGGCUGACUUCACAUGUAUCGGAGGAAGCAUGUGUUAGUCUUCACCCUCCUGGUGUGUUGGGGCGUUACUAGUGAUAGGGGGAGUCCUAAUGAGUGGGUUGGGUAAUUGGCCGUGUAAAUUGGGGAGAAAAUGGGAAAAAUUAGAAAUAAAAUUAUAAAAAAAAAAAAAAAAAACUUUUUAACAGGUCAGGAUUUUUGUCAAUUGUCUGCCUGACAUUACAGCACUAAAUCUCGAGGAUUUCUAUUCAAGCAUUAGAUAAAAUUUUAAUUUCAUGUUUGAUUUGGAACUUUACAGAAAAGCAUAAUUGUAAUUGUAAUAGUUUUAUUUUAAAAAAGUAAAUCUGCUAAUGUCUGCUAAAAUAUAAUGAAAAAUCAUAUUUAAAAUUGGCUUUUUCCUGCACUUCAUUUUAAAAUCAAUAUUUUUUUCCUGAAUACAAAUCAAACAAAUCUGAAUACAAAUCCUCCAAACCUUUAGUUUUAUUAUGUUUGUCUAGUUUUUACUAGUUUUUAUUUUCAAACCUGCAGAAUUUGGAUGAUUCCUGUUACUAAUCUGGAAUUAUUAUAUUAUAUUAUAUUAAGUGGAGUAGAGAGAAAACAGGCAGCUUCUCUAAGUGUCCUGUAGGUAAUGUAAAUAAAAUAUUUUACUGCAAGAAAAAGGGAUUUUGUAUCACCUACACCUGUAGCCUGCAUAGGGGACAAGGCAUUUUAAGGGAUAAUGCAGUAUAUAUUCAUAGAAAGUAUGAGUGCAAAAAAAAAAAUCAUGAUGAAUAAUCAAAAUACAAAAUGUAUAUUAAUUCAUGUAAUUUUGUAUGUAAUAUAUUA